AUGCAUCAAUCCGACCUCGCCUCUCUUCGUCCGCCCUCGCCGAAAGCCUCCUUCGUCAAACGUUUCGCCCGUUCUCUUGGUUUGCGCAAGAAGAAGUCCAAAACGCCCGUGAACGACAACUUCUCCACCCUCGCUCGUCAAGCAUCUCAUAGCACUCUUCAACAAGGCCAAGGUCACUAUGACGGUCACCCUCCUCAGUCUGCCUCGUCUUAUGCCAGGAGCGGUGGUGCACUCAGUGUGAAUGGCUACGGUGGUCCAGCGAUCAGCGACCUUGCCGACGACGUCAGUCCCGUCACUCGCCCCCUUAUGUCGAGGCCUAUCGCGAGGGAUGAGGCUUAUGCCCCUACGCCCAAGGUCACACGCAUGCGCCAGGAGUCGUCUGGACGUUCCGCUACUCCUUCUGGCGGUGCUCCUUACCACCAUCAGCAACAGCAGCACAUGCCGUAUCAGCAACAACAGUACGCGCAGCAUUACUCCAACCUGAACGAGGCUAUCGUUCCCCGUGCUCCGGCCCUCCGCGCCCAACCAUCGCAAGCUGGUCUCGCGAAUCAACGCCGUGGGCCUCCUGCUCCUCUCGACGUCGCUCCCCACCGCCAGCGCGAAGCGAGCGUCGACUCCCGCUCCCUCGCCUCCGCCCGUUCUGGUUCCUUGAAUGGUCAACAAGUCGAGGAGAUGGAUUGGGCGACCUACCUUAAGUCCUACGCUGAAGGCAAGAUCAACGUGUCGAAGCCCGUCUUGUCCAAACAUGCCCCGGCCGAGGUCAACGGAUUCUUCCCUGCGCCUAAGCCUGCGAACGAUAAGGCUCGUAUCGCCGCGCUGCAUUCGUAUGGAAUCAUGCCUGAGGAAGGUGAUGCGGAUGUUCAUGUUGACGAGAGUAAGUUCCCGAGGAGGCCUAGUGAGGAUGACCUCCGUUCCCUCCCGUCGACUUCGUCUACUGGUGCUGGUGGAGUCAAGACCGCACCGUCCUCUAUCGAGCGUUUCCAGCGCAUCGUUGUCUCCGCUCGUCGUCAUUUCGGAACAAAGAUGUGUCUCAUCUCCCUCGUCGACGAGAAGAAACAAUUCUUCAAAUGUGAGGUUGGUUUGGGCGCACCGAGUACGGGCCGAGAUGUCGCAUUCUGUGGACAUACUAUUUUGACGAAUGAGCCCAUGGUCGUCCUCGAUACUCUCAAUGACUGGAGGUUGUGUAAUAACCCUCUCGUUACGGGUGAUCCGUUUAUUCGCUUCUACUGUGGUGCCCCCAUCAUCACGCCGGAUGGCUUCGCGAUCGGAACAGUGUGUAUCAUCGAUACGAAACCGCGCUCGGAGUUCCCGCCUGCGGAUCGGAGGAGGUUGAUUGAGUAUGCGCGUAUGGCGAUGGACGAGAUCGAGUUUGCGCGUGCAGAGCGGGAGAAGAAGUUACGUGCCGAGAUGGAGAGUACACUGCAAUCUUUCCGUCAGGGCGCAACCACGUCGUUGCCUGAGUCUCCGACGAGGAUGGAUAACCCCAACGGUGGAAUGGGAUUGAAUAUUCCACUCAAGUUUGGGCCGAAGAGGUUGGGGAAGUUGAGUGGGAUGAGUGCUGUUGCCACGAUGGAGGGCGAGCAGGAGAGGUAUCGAGAGGUUGAUCAUGGGAGGUUUGGGGAGGAGGAGGAUGGGGAGAACUACAACGGAAACGGGCACGAGAAUGGGAAUGGGGUUGAGGAGACGGAUGGAGAGAUUGUUGAGACGGAGGUUGUGGUCAGGAAGAAGCCAUCCAAUCACGCUCUUCGUCAACACCAACAGAACGAGGAUGACUUCCCCCUUCGCCUCAAGUACGGUCGUAACGACGGUACCAUUUCCGACGACGUGAUCCGUUCCGUCGAGUACGCUGGUCGUCGUGCUGCCGAAGCCGCCGCACGCGCUGUCGCUGAAGCUGAAGGUGGCCAUUUGAGCGAGUUCGAGCCCGAUUCACAGAAGACUGCGAUUCUUACGGAUGACAAGCAGUUUGUGCAACGGGAUGUUGUGCAUGGGGAUGGGAAGGUUACGACGAGGACGAAGGGUGCUGUUGCGAAUCCGAAGGUUACGUUGGAUGGGGUUAGAGCGAUGAAGGCCAAGCAGCAGCAGCAGCAGCAUCAACAACAACAGCAGCGCGGUGUUCCUGUGUUGAAUGAGCCUGCCUCGUCAAUUAGUCCUCAUUCGAGCGCGUUGUUGUCUGCGCAGGGGGUUCCUACUCCGCCUGAGAGUCCUGCUAUGUCCGCUACCACCGCUCGUCGUCAUCGCGAUGGUUCUUUCUCGUCUGAAGCUACGGGUACAAGCUCCGCUGUUGACCCUGCUCUCGCACUCCAGCAACAGCAGCGUGCGAAGCAGGAAGCUAUGGCUCAUGCUCGUGCUGGACAGAACGUCACGCCUGCUUCUGUCCCUCGUCAAGUUGCGCCUGCUCCUCAGCAACAGACUUUGCCUCCUGCACAGCUUGCGGUACAGUUAAUCGCGCAGACGUUGAGGUUGGAUUUCGUUUAUAUCCUUCGUAUCUCGCCGCAGCGUAACCAGGCUAACACAUCGGGUGCCACCUCCCGUGGAGGACGUGGAGGGAACAACUUGAUCGUGGAUGCUGCUGCCGGAAUCACCACCGAGCUCCUCGCCGAAGUCGGCAUGCCGCGCCCUCCCCCCGUCUUCGACGGUUCCCUCCACCUCCGCGCUCUCCGCAGUGAUGGCGGUUUGAUCUACCAAAACCCUGACAACGACGAAGGCGACAAUACCGAUCCCGCAGCUUUCAAAGUCGGAAUCCUGAUGCCGCUUUGGAGGGAGGGUGGCACGCGCACUGAGCAGGUGUUGAAGAGUAAGACGGGAGCGGUAUUGGCUGGGUUCACGAGGAAGAUGAGGCCUACCGGGCUUGGGUUUACAGCGGAUGAGGUGAGGUAUGUUAGGGAGUUUGGGCAGACGAUGAAGGAGGUUUUGGCCGGGCCUGAUAUGUGA